GCUCACUAUAACGAGUCUCUCUCUUCUCUCGUUCUUCGAGACAGUUUCUAAAAAAUUUCUCACAGUAGCAUCGUUAUCUUCAAUUAUUUCUUCAUCUUCACUUCUUGUAUUGAGUUUCGAUUCCAUAAAAUGGAAAAUAAUGAAGAAGGGGAGGAAACUGCUCCUUCUAAAAAUGAGUGGGAAGUGGUAUCGCUCACACAGUCAGCAUAUGCUGCUGCUCCUGAUUCAAGACAGGUUGAUCUCGUUGAUGAUAGUAGUGCAGAGUUUGUAGCUGAAACUUCUGAUCCAAUGAUUAUGUCGGGGCACUUUGGCUUUCCACCAAAUCAGUAUGAGAAUGCGGCAUUGCAACCAGAUAAUGAGGAGAUUCUCAAUGAGCAGGGCAGUGAAGAUGCUAGUCCUGAAUUUGUUGCUGACAAAGCGGUUAAUUCAGAUACUCAUGAAGUGAGUACAAAAACUAAAGGAUUGAGCACAACGGAAUUUCCUGGAGAUCAAAUGUUUGAUGAAAAGGUUAGCAUCUUAUCCUUAAGUGGUGCAGAAUUUGAAGAAGAUGCGGUCUUGCAGGGAUCAAGUUUGGUAGACAAAGAGCAGAAUUUCUUUAGUUCUACUACAUAUGGUUCUUUCCAUAAUGAAGAACCCAUGGGUGUGUCAGCAUCAACAGAGGAAAGCAAUAUACUUGCAGAACCUGUUGAACUCGUUCACCAGGGCAUUGAUUCUGGCAUAUCUAAUUUGCCAAAGGCUAAAGAUGAAGAUAAUGAUGAUACAGAAAAUCUUCCUUGUCAAGCCUGGUGGAAAAGGCGGGCUGUUUCACUUAUUGCCCACGCAAAAGAUGCCAACACAGUCUGGUCCAUUUUCUUUGCUGCAGCUGUUAUGGGCCUUGUGGUUAUUGGUCAGAGAUGGCGGCUAGAAAGGUGGCAGGUACUGCAAAUGAAGUGGAAGUUUGGAGGCCAUGAUGAGAUAAUAAGCAGGGCAUUUAUUAGUCCCAUAUCUCGAUUGAAAGAAGUGAUAAUUGGGAGUGAUCACCGUGGUUCCUUUAUCCGUGGGAGUGCAUCAACCCAACGUUAAGAUGAUGAUGACGAAAAUGAGCUUGUCUGCAUGCAAGCCAUAGCUUAGGUUUGCUUUUCAGUGUUACUUUUGACGGGGUUUAACGAGUGGAUAGUUGUUAUGAUGGGGGUUGUAAUCGUGGAAUCUACAAGCAAGAAGUAAAUUUUGUCAUACCUCUCUAAUAUUGAUUCCCAGAAUUAACAAAAAAAGUGCAUAAGAUUGAAGCUAUAUUCUGGAAAUUAGCUCCCAAAACAUGAAACCAUCAUAAAGACUAAUAUAAAUAAGAGACAGUUGUAGUAUGCAAGUGAUUCUUAGAACUAUUUAUCGUGAAACUUAUGACUAUACUGUGUAAAUCUUAUAAUGAAGAGGGUGCAGACCGCAGUACAAUAUUUCAUACUUCA